UGAGCUCCUGUGGUGCCAGCCCCUCCAUCCCCUCAUCCUGCCCCGUUCCUUCCGAGAGUUAAGGACAGCAGGAGGAAAUGCGUAAGCAGGGUCCCUGCUGCUGCCGCUGCCACACAGCUCUGGGCUGUGCAGAGCCUGCCCUGCCAUGGGGACCCUUGGGAGCAGGCAGCUCCUGCUCUGCUGUGCCCUCUGGGGACUCUGCCUGGCCUCGGACUACGAUGAUUAUUCUCAGAACAGCACCAGUGAGCAGGUCAGCACACCCGAGGUCACCCCGUGUCCCCGAGCCAUCCCGGGGGACCAGGCCACGGUCAACAACGUCACCUACCUGCUGAUCCCUGAGGUCACCCGUGCCCAGCUGGGCAGCGCCGUCACCGUGCGCCUCAUCCCCUGCCUCUACAGCCUGGCGUUCCUGCUGGGGCUGCCGGCCAACGCGCUGGCCCUCUGGGUGCUGGCCACCAGGGCCGAGCGCCUGGCCUCCACCGUCUUCCUGAUGAACCUGGCCACCGCCGACCUGCUGCUCGUCUCCGUGCUGCCCUUCAAGAUCUCCUACUAUUUCCUGGGCAACCACUGGCCCUUCGGGGAAGGGCUGUGCCGCCUCACUACGGCUCUCUUCUACGGCAACAUGUACUGCUCGGUGCUGCUGCUCACCUGCAUCAGCGUGGAUCGCUACCUGGCCGUGGCUCACCCCUUCUCCUCCCGCGCUUUCCGCACUCCCGGCCUGGCCGCCGGCACCUGCGCCGCGGUCUGGCUCUGCGCCGCGGCCCUGACGCUGCCCCUGACCCUGCAGCAGCAGUCCUACCCCCUGCUCGGGGCAGGCCUCACGCUGUGCCACGAUGUCCUGCCCCGGCACGAGGACGACGGCUUCUACUUUUAUUACUUCGUGGCGCUGAUCUCCUGCGCCUUCCUGCUGCCGCUGCUGCUGCUGGCGCUGAGCUCGGGCGCGGUGCUGCGCGUCCUCCUGCGCGGCGGCGGCCGCUACUGCCACGCUGCCAAGCUCACGGCCCUCGUGCUCGUCUCCCUCGUGGUUUUCUAUGCCCCCAGCAACGUCCUCCUGCUCCUUCACUACUCCAGCCCCUGCUCCAGGCUGCACGGCCGGCUGUACCUCAGCUACAUGGUCAGCCUGGCCCUCAGCACCUUCAACAGCUGCGCUGACCCCUUCAUCUACUACUACGUGUCAGAGGAUUUCCGGGAGAAGGUGAGGAGAAGAGUCUUCAAGGGCAGCAAAAAAACCACCACUUCCCUGAAGACCUCCAAGGAAACGCUGCCCCGUUCCAAGCAUUCGCUGGUGUGAGCCUCCAGCCCAGCUCCUGCUCCCAGGGCGCUCAUCACGCACACAGUGGGGAUAAGAUGAAUUCAGCAUUGGAAUUCCACAAGUUUCACCCAGAACAGAGUUUCCCAGGAGCCAAGAGCUUUCCGCUGUCUGCACA